UCCAGGAAUCUCCUUGUGCGUGAGAAAAUGCUCGGUAAACUCAAAGUUGCUGGAAUCGCCAGAAUAAAUCUCGCCUCACAUGAUCGGAUUACGCCAUCCCUGGCCCCUCCCCCUACCCGCAACUCUCCCAGCUCGCCGCAAGCCGCUCAACCAGCCGCCGGUCCAAGGGUCUUCCGAGGGUCCAACGUCCAGUUUCCCCUGCCCAACCACCCGUCAACAGAUGCCGGGUCAACGCAUUAUGACCGGAAAAAAGUCCGAAGAAGCCAUGUUUGGUGGAUCGGACAGCAUGACAGGGUUACCCACCAUCAAACCUCCAGUUCAAAUGGUGAAGCAGCCCCAGGCUGAUUUUACCCUGGGUGCAGAGACGGACGUCACCUUGUCACAAUGUGCAAUUUGCGGAGACCGUGCCACAGGGAAACACUAUGGUGCUGCCAGCUGCGACGGCUGCAAGGGCUUCUUCAGACGCAGCGUACGCAAGAACCAUGUCUACACCUGCAGAUUCAACCGCAUGUGUGUAGUGGACAAAGACAAGAGGAACCAGUGCAGAUACUGCAGGCUGAAGAAGUGCUUCAGGGCUGGCAUGAAGAAAGAAGCUGUCCAGAAUGAGAGAGAUCGCAUCAGCUCCCGUCGGACGAGCUACGAGGACCCUGGUGCCGGAGGGCCGCUGUCCGUCAGUGCCCUCAUGAACGCAGAAAUCCUGUCUAGACAGGUAGAGAAACCGUUUGGCAUCUCCACACCACUGUCAGGCGGUGACCCACAUUCCAAGAAGAUAGCGAUGAUAAAUGAUAUCUGUGAGUCCAUGAAGCAGCAGCUCCUGAUCCUGGUGGAGUGGGCCAAGUACAUCCCCACCUUCUGUGAACUGCCGCUUGACGAUCAGGUUGCCUUGCUCAGGGCACAUGCAGGUGAGCACCUGUUGCUAGGUGUGGCUCGGCGAUCAAUGGCCCUGAAGGACUGCCUUCUCCUGGGGAAUGACUUCAUCAUCCCCCGCAACAGUCCCGAGAUCGAGGUCAGCCGCAUCGCGUGCCGUGUCCUGGACGAGCUGGUCAAGCCGCUGGUGGAGGUGGCCAUCGAUGACAGCGAGUUCGCCUGCCUCAAGGCCCUGGUGUUCUUUGAUCCAGAUGCCAAGGGCUUGAGCGAGCGGGGCAAGAUCAAGUCCAUGCGUUACCAGGUGCAGCUCAACCUGGAGGACUACAUCAACGACAGACAGUACGAGUCCCGCGGGCGCUUCGGAGAGAUCCUCCUCCUCCUGCCAACCCUCCAGAGCAUCACGUGGCAGAUGAUCGAACAGGGGCAGUUUGCUAAACUGUUUGGGGUGGCGAAGAUUGACAACCUGCUACAAGAGAUGCUCCUGGGAGGGGGCUCUGCAGAUCAGUCUGAGGCGCCACCCUCACCGCCCAUUGGUGCGAGCACAGACAACCCUCCCCAUCCAGCCACCCACCCCCACCUGGACCCAACCACGGCCAUGCACCUGGCUAACGGUGCCGCACCCGACACCCCCCUCCCCUCCCCCAGCAUCUCCCCACCUGAGUUCAAACUCCCUGCCUCUGCCUUGGAGUACAAGCUGCCCGUGUCCUCGGCACUCAUGCCCAGCGCCAAGGGGCCCACGCCAGUCUCUGUGCCGGUCACAGUGUCCGUUCCUCAGGCGGUCAGCCAAGCACAAGUCACCAUCCCUAAACAGGAAGUGUUGUGAGCAGGCCCGUGCAGACAGGGUUACAUGUUUGCAGAGUAUGGAACAAAUGCAACACCACUGAUAUCACCUCAGUGAAUCAAGUUAAGGUGUCACUAUUAGCAUAGUACAUCAAUUGGAAAGUCUAUUUUUAUUACUUCACACAAGUAAUGCUACAUGAAUUUAGAAGUGUGAAUGCAGUACAUGGUGAACAUGUAUACAUGUAUGUAUAAUUGGAACGGAGCCAGUAAAAUAGUUAUAUACUAACUAUAUUUUAGGUUAAGACUUCUCAAAGGCUUUUAAAACAUUUCUCUUCAAACUUUUUGCCCUCAUAUGAUAAAUGUAUCAAGAGAAUAUAAAGGAUUUUGAAAAAGGGGCAUAUAUGAUGACAAUCAUUGUAUCAACUAGAAAUAGUUUAAUGUUGCAAAUGCUGUCUAAACCAAGACAUUCCCUAAAUUGUGAGAUAUUGACAUUGCAUAUUAGACAGAUGUCACUGAGAAGAUAGGAUGUUUUGAAAAGUUUACAAAAGAUGAAUUAUUUUGAAAGUAUUGCGACCAUUUCUGCUUAAUAUUCUUUUCCUAAUUUGGUGCUAGUAAAUCUUGCGCAAAGGAUAAAGUUUGCUUCUUCACAGUGAAUGAGGAUAUUCUACAAAAAGCAGUUGUUCCCACAACUGGUCUUGUGGCCCUGCUUCAAAAAUAUUUUGAAAAUGUUACUUGCAAAUGGUAUAAAUGUACAGUAAGUCACUUCUGGGCUAAAAGUGACUUUGAAAACUACAUUGACUUCUGAACUGUGUAAGAGAACUUAAGUUUUAAAAAAAUCACAUUAUAGAUUGAACUGUCGUACAUGGCAUUUCUCAAAUGUAGCAGAAAAAAAUGUGGAAUUUUACCUUAUAUCUAAGAUGUAAAGAUUUUGAAGACAUGUUUUAGUUGGUUCAAAAGCUCUAAUAGCUCUGUACAUAGAAGAAUUUCCUUCAAAUGUAACAAAUGCUGACAAAAUACCAUUUCUCAAGUAAAUGGGAAAGAUGCAAUUAAUGACUAAUUUGUUAUAAGGAAUGUUGUUGCUGACAUGAAUGUAACUUUCUUGAUAAUGGUUGUUGCUAUUAGGUUCUUACUAACUCAACUGAGCUCUUUUAUUAGGUACUCAAAUUUACUGUAGAUAUCAGCUAGACUGACAAUAUGAUCUUACCAAAUCUUAACAAAUAACAGUUUAAUUUACUGCAAUGUUAUUCCUAACAAAGUAAAAUUCAUCAAUGUCAAACAUAACCUGACCUCGAGAUAUGGAACAUUUUAUAGGAUGUCUCUUUUCCAAUGGGACAUCUAGAUACUAGAAGUUCUGUUUUAUGAAGUUAUCUUCCCUUUCUCAUCACUUUGUACUUAGUUAUGGGAUACUAUACUAGCUUUAGAUGGCAUAUCAAAAAUUGAGAUUAAGCCAUGAGAAAAGAUGAUAUCAGGGUUUCUGUAAUUACGUGUAUAUAUCAAAGUGCAAGAUAAUUUAUUUUUGAUGAUGAGAUUUUAUCCUGAAUGACAUAUAUCCAUGAAUAUAUCAAGAAGAAAUAUUUGUAUGACUUAUUCAAAUAAAAAGGGCAUAAUGCUGUGCACUU